GAGUUUCACUGGUUUAAAAAUACACAGAGGAAGCGAGUGAGAGAAAGGGGAAGGGGAGGUGGGAGAGGCACCUCAACUUUGAUGUCCAGAGCCUUGCGCGGCCACUCGCAAGCUGGCCAAGGGCUUCACACAACUUGCCAAGAUGACAGAGGGGACCAAGAAGACCAGCAAAAAGUUCAAGUUCUUCAAGUUCAAGGGCUUUGGGAGUCUCUCCAACCUCCCUCGGUCCUUCACUCUGAGACGAUCCUUAGCUCCCAUCAGUAGGCAGUCCCAUUUGGAGCCUGACAUCUUUGAAGCCACGCAGGAUGACAUGGUGACGGUGCCCAAGAGUCCCCCAGCCUAUGCCCGCUCCAGUGACAUGUACAGCCACAUGGGCACCAUGCCUCGCCCCAGCAUCAAGAAAGCACAGAACUCACAGGCUGUCCAACAGGCCCAGGAGGUGGGUCCCAAGCCCAACCUGGUACCCCGAGGUGUACCCGACCCCCCAGGCUUGGAGGCAGCCAAGGAGGUGAUGGUGAAGGCCAAUGGCCCUCUAGAGGACAUCCCAGCAAUGGAACCCAACCCUUCAGCAGUGGAGGUAGACCCCAUCAGAAAGCCUGAGGUCCCCACAGGAGACACGGAAGAGGAGAGACCUCCCAGGGACGUGCACUCAGAAAGGGCUGCUGGAGAGCCGGAGGCUGGCGGCGACUAUGUGAAGUUCUCCAAGGAGAAGUACAUCCUGGACUCAUCGCCAGAGAAACUCCACAAGGAAUUGGAGGAGGAGCUCAAACUCAGUAGCACGGAUCUCCGCAGCCAUGCCUGGUACCAUGGCCGCAUCCCCCGAGAGCUCUGGCCCCGCCCCCUUAUCCCAUUGACCCUUACAACCUCUCACGUUGGCUCUGCCCUCCGCCCCUCCCGGCCCAACGGCAGGUUCCACACCAUGUCCAUCAUGCUGGCCGUGGACAUCCUGGGCUGCACUGGCUCUGCGGAGGAGCGGGCAGCACUGCUGCACAAGACCAUUCAGCUGGCGGCAGAGCUGCGGGGAACUAUGGGCAACAUGUUCAGCUUCGCGGCGGUCAUGGGUGCCCUGGACAUGGCCCAGGUGAAGGCAGGCGAGAGCUACACACACAUCCAGUACCUGUUUGAGCAGGAGAGCUUCGACCAUGUGCCCGCCCUCGUGCGCUAUCAUGUGGGCAGCCGCAAGGCUGUGUCAGAGCAGAGUGGUGCCAUCAUCUACUGCCCGGUGAACCGCACCUUCCCACUGCGCUACCUCGAGGCCAGCUAUGGCCUGGGACAGGGGAGUAGCAAGCCCGCCAGCCCCGUCAGCCCCUCAGGCCCCAAGGGCAGCCACAUGAAGCGGCGCAGCGUCACCAUGACCGACGGACUCACUGCGGACAAGGUCACCCGCAGCGAUGGCUGCCCCACCAGUACGUCGCUGCCCCGCCCUCGGGACUCCAUCCGCAGCUGUGCCCUCAGCAUGGACCAGAUCCCGGACCUGCACUCACCCAUGUCGCCCAUCUCCGAGAGCCCUAGCUCCCCUGCCUACAGCACUGUAACCCGUGUCCAUGCCGCCCCUGCAGCCCCUUCUGCCACAGCACUGCCUGCCUCCCCUGUCACCCGCCGUUCCAGUGAGCCCCAGCUGUGUCCCGGAAGUGCCCCAAAGACCCAUGGGGAGUCAGACAAGGGCCCCCACACCAGCCCCUCCCACACCCUCUGCAAGACCUCCCCGUCACCAUCACUCAGCAGCUACAGUGACCCGGACUCUGGCCACUACUGCCAGCUCCAGCCUCCCGUGCGUGGCAGCCGAGAGUGGGCAGCAGCUGAGGCCUCCAGCCGGCAGGCCAGGAGCUAUGGGGAGAAGCUAAAGGAACUGUCAGAAAAUGGGGCCCCCGAGGAGGACUGGGGCAAGACCUUCACAGUCCCCAUCGUGGAAGUCACUUCUUCCUUCAACCCGGCCACCUUCCAGUCACUACUGAUCCCCAGGGAUAACCGACCGCUGGAGGUGGGCCUUCUGCGCAAGGUCAAGGAGCUGCUGGCAGAGGUGGAUGCCCGGACACUGGCCCGGCAUGUCACCAAGGUGGACUGCCUGAUUUCUCGACUGGAGCAGACAUGGGUGGCCCUGCGGCAGCGACACACGGAGGGUGCCAUCCUGUACGAGAAGAAGCUCAAGCCUUUUCUCAAGAGCCUCAACGAGGGCAAAGAAGGCCCGCCGCUGAGCAACACCACGUUUCCUCAUGUGCUGCCCCUCAUCACCCUGCUGGAGUGUGACUCGGCCCCACCCGAGGGCCCUGAGCCCUGGGGCAGCACGGAGCAUGGCGUGGAGGUGGUGCUGGCCCACCUGGAGGCUGCCCGGACAGUGGCACACCACGGAGGCCUAUACAACACCAAUGCUGAGGUCAAGCUGCAGGGGUUCCAGGCCCGGCCAGAGCUCCUGGAGGUAUUCAGCACGGAGUUCCAGAUGCGCCUCCUCUGGGGCAGUCAGGGUGCCAGCAGCAGUCAGGCCCGGCGCUAUGAGAAGUUCGACAAGGUCCUCACUGCCCUGUCCCACAAACUGGAGCCUGCCGUCCGCUCCAGCGAGCUGUGAUCCCAGGGACGUUUCCCCUCUGCAGCUGCGGACAGCGUCAGGGGCAGAGGGGGCACAGACCUUUCCCCAGAGCACCCCAAGGACACUGUGAUCAACCCGAGAAUGUUCUGGGUUCAACUCAAGCAUCUCCCUUGCACCUCCAGGGUCCUGCGUGGACCCUGGGUUCCAUCCCACCUGCUACACGCUCACCAGGUCUCCGUUGAGGAAGAACAGGAACGCCGGUUCCCCCACCAGCUUUUGCUGCUCCCCUUCCUGCUGGGGUUCCCUGUUUUCGAGCCAUGGGAGGCAGGCUGCUCACGCCUCCUCACUCUCCGUCUGUCCCUCACCCACACCAAGGCCUCCGUCUCACUGUAAAUAAGUCUCUGUGUUCUGUAAAUAGAUGUACAGAAGCCAUGUUAUUUCUUUCAUAUAAUAAACUUUUAUGACUCUUUA